AUCAUCAACCUUUUCCUCUGUGGUGGCUUAACACUGAGAAGACACUGGCUCCCCCCUGCUCCACCCCCUCUCUCUGUUCAUGUGACUUAGGGGUGCCUGCACAGUUUGAAACUGAUCUUCCUUUGGGCAGGCAUUUGUUCCUUUCAGCUCUACAAAGAGGAAGAGCAGCACCUUACCCCACAACUGCAGCUAGCCUCAAUCCUGCCUCCACCAUGGGUAGGCGUGCUCUGGAGGUGGUAUUGCUAAACGUUGUCUGUGCAUUUUUAUCCUGCCAUGCUGAUGUGGGGAAUUAUGAGAUGGAGCUCAAAUCAACCCCACAAUCUACUUUGUUCCUACAGAGAACUACUUCUGCUCAGUCAGUUUCCCCAUAUCAGAUAACUUCUUCCAGCCAUGCAGUCACCACACUUUUCUCCAGCAGGACAAGUAAUAUUAUAACUACCCCAUUAAGCCAAAGAACAUCUGUACUCACUGCCACCCAAACAACAAACCAUCAUCAGGUAACAACAGCAUCGGCCCCUAACAUGACAACGCAAGCAAGAGAAAACAGCACCCAGCUGACCAGCAAGAUGACCGAUCCAAUAUUAACAACUACAGUAGCAAGUAAGAAAACAACCGCAAAGGCCCCGACCAAUGAAACUACAACCCAUGUAAGAGUAACAACUAAAGGACAAACAUCUAACAAGACAACCAUCCAGAGAACUGAGAAAACCACACUGCCAACCAACCAAACAACCCAUUCAAGGGUAGCAACUACAGCUGCAGCUAAGAAGACAACUGGAAAGCCCACAUCACCAACCAAUCAAACUACAACCCUUGCAGUAACAACUACAGCAACAACCAAGAAGACAGCUGCAAAGACCACCACACAGCCAACUAAACAAACAACUCAUACAGCAGCAAAAACUACAGCCAGAACCAACAUGACAACCAUUCAUCCAGGGAAUCAAACAACCAGACCCACUACGACAGCCACCGUGGGGCCCACCCUUGCACCUGAUACAUCAUCACCCACUACUGGAACCUACAAUGUUUCCAAUGGAAGUGUGAACUGCAUUAAAGCAUCAAUGGGAUUGGAGCUGAUUGUUCAAAAUUCUAAGACGCAUAAGAAGGGAUACUUCAAUAUUGAUCCCAAUAUCACACAAACAUCUGGAAGCUGUGGAAAUCUGCAAUCAAAUCUGAACUUAACUUUUAACGGAGGCUUUAUAAGCUUCUCCUUUGUAAAGAAAGAUAGAGUCUAUUACCUCAGUACAGUUGAGGCCAGCUUAAAGAUACCCUCCGUGGGUUCAUGGCACAAUGUUACAAGCAAGCAGCUGUUUACAGCUACGAUUGGGAAUUCAUUUAAGUGUCUCAGCAAACAGAUGGUGAACCUGGCAGACAACUUCCAGCUGCUCACUGUUAACACCCAACUCCAAGCCUUUGCCAUUGUUGGUAACCAGUUUGGGAAAGUGAACGAGUGUGCAGCUGACUUCAACAUCAUUUUUCCUGCGAUUGGCUUCUUCGUGAUCUUCAUCACCGGCAUCCUGGCACUCAUCCUCUACGUGGUCUGCCUUAAGCGUAAAUCGUCUGCGUACCAGAGAAUCUAGUGGAUCAAAAUAAUUUCAUACAAAUAAUGAGAAGCAUUUCAUGAAAAGAUUUUAGAAUUUCAAGUCUGCCAUAAUUUUCCUUUUAAUAACACUGUUAAAACAAUGUAAAACGCCAGAGUAUGUGUAUUUAGUUAUGAACUCAAGUACCUGGUCAUUUUAUUGAGCUACCUGCGACUGAGAAAAAGGGGAACAAGUUUAAUAC